ACCAUUCAUACACCUGUUUUGUUGGAGCAUGCUGAUUGACACACAUAGCCCGCCCCCUGCACUUGUCCUUUCAUUGUAAUUGGUUCAACACUUGUGAAUAUGGAAAUUCCCCCGCGCGACCCUUGGCUCGCACCUGACCAACCAGAGAAUGCGCGAGGCCGCAGGCUGACAGACACACAGCCGCCGGCCCGCCGCUGGGAAUCACAAACGGGUUGUCACACCACCGGCAGCUGCUUCCGUUAACCGGCUGCGGACCACCGUCACUCCACGCCAACUCCCGGGAAGAGGGCGACAACAUGCCGCGGUCUUUCUUAGUGAAGAAACAUCACUUCGCUAAGAGAGCAAACUACGGAAGACUGAGCUCAUACACCGAGGAGGUCCCAUGCAGCCCCUAUGAAGACUCCCUGCUGCACAGCGACAUCCCCCCUCGGCAUCAUUGCCCAGCCUCAAGCCCAUGGCUGUUCCAGCCUCUCUCCUCCUCCCGUCCUCUUUCUCUCAGAGCAGACCGAUUGCAUCUUCCAUCUUCUCCAAACACCCCCCGUUUCUCCUUUUUGGGCCACUCUUCAGAGGGCUACAGUAGAAGCCCUGCAGAUGCCUACAAACCAGCUGAAUCCUGUACCAAAGUGAACCUUGGAAGCCAGUGUGUCACAGGAGACCACAGGAGGAGAGAGAGCAUCGUCCCUUCAUCCCUCCCUUUCCUGGACCUCUUUCCAACCAUCCCUCACGGCGGCAACAGCCAGGAGAGCUUUACAUGUUUGGACUGUCAUAAAGAGUAUUUUAGCUCCUCGGGCCUGGCCAAACACAAGCAGGUCCAGUGGGAGUGUGGCAGUAAGAAGCACUUCAGCUGUAAGUACUGUGAGAAGGAGUACGUCAGCCUGGGAGCACUCAAGAUGCACAUCAGGACACACACACUGCCCUGUGUGUGUAAACUCUGUGGCAAGGCAUUCUCCAGACCCUGGCUGCUCCAGGGACACAUACGGACACACACAGGAGAGAAACCGUUCUCGUGCCUCCACUGCAGCAGAGCUUUUGCUGACCGAUCCAACCUGCGCGCUCACCUCCAAACCCACUCUGAAGUGAAAAAGUACCAGUGUGCACGUUGUUUCAAGACCUUCUCUAGGAUCUCACUGUUAGCCAAGCACCAGGAGGCUGGCUGCCCGCUGUCCUGACUCUGAACUUCUUAGACCUGUUCCAAUGUGCUCUUCAACAACAAGUGUCUUCCAAACAAAAAGACAGCUACGAGGUUUUCCCAACUUCCUGUGUGGAUCACAAAACCUGAAUGCCUAAGCAGUG